AUGAGUGAUUUACGUGCUUUGAUGAAGCGUGAGCGCAUGCUUCAGCAAAAAGUGGCUACGGUGGCAAAGUUCGUCGAAGCUUUCGACAGGGAUCGUGACGAGUGUCAAAUUGAAGUGCGGUUGAAAAAUAUAGAUGAAGUGUAUUCAGAUUUCUUUUUGCUGCGUGAGAAAAUCGAGCUACUGAUGGAGGAUGCGAAAGGUACGGAAGAAGACGGAAGCGAUUCCAAAAAGGAUGAGAAAGAGAAGAAGGAUGCUAUUUCCCGCGAACAGGAAAAUCUACGUGUCGUAGAGGAGUUUGAAAACCGCUACUGCAUGGUGAAAGGAUCUUUGCUGAAACUGCUUCCGGCAAAAGUUUCGGUUCAGCGAGUUGAUGGGAAUUCUGGUGGGCAAUCCGCACAACACUCCAAGGUGAAAUUGCCAGAAAUCAGUUUGCCAACGUUCAGCGGCAAACUAGGAGAUUGGGUGAUGUUUCGGGACACUUUCCGCAGUCUGAUCCAUCAGAACGGUGAGCUGAACCCGAUGGACAAGUUCACAUACUUGAGGACGUCACUCAAGGGAGAUGCUCUGAUGGAAAUCAACACCAUUGAACUCUCGGCCGUCAACUACGAGGUUGCAUGGCAGGUUCUCCAGGAGCGCUAUGAGAACAAAAAGCUGAUCGUCAAGGCAUACUUGGAUGCACUUUUUUCGAUGGAGCCGCUCAGAAGAGAGUCGUACGACGGACUGAAUCAGCUGGUCAGCGAAUUUGAAAAGAACCUGCAGAUGCUGGAAAAGAUUGGUGAACAGACAGCACAGUGGAGCACUAUACUGGCAUACAUGCUUUGUGGUCGGUUGGACACAGCGACACUACGUUUAUGGGAGGCUCACCACAAUUCCAAGGACGUUCCGAAGUAUAAGGACCUGGUGAAUUUCCUCCGCAAUCAAUGUUCAGUGUUGCAGUCAAUAGCCCCAUUGAAGGCAAGCAGCUUAGAUCAACGUCAGUCGAAGGCGUCAAUGUGUCAUGCUGUGGUGAAGACGUCGAAUAAAUGCCCAUUUUGCGGGGAUUCUUGGCACACCCCAUUCCAUUGCCUCAAGUUCCAGAAAAUGAAGAUUGCGGAGCGUAACGAAGCGGUUAUGAGAGGCAAACUUUGUCGCAACUGCCUGCACCCUGGUCAUAUCGCCAGAACAUGUGACAAAGGUGUCUGCCAUCACUGUCAGCAGAAACACCAUAGCAUGCUGCACGUCAUUCCGGUAAGAUCCUCCGUUCCACCCGCGUCGAGUAGAAACCAAGAAGCUAGCCCGCCACAACGCCAAUUUCAUCGGCAACCACAUUCCAACCCACAGCAACCGAACCAACAAGCACACACUCAAGCGAACAAUGCACCCACCAAUACUGCCAACUCACAUAGCACAAGACCACCACAGCCACAACCAAGCACAAGUCAAGCCAGCACAAGCCACACGUACAUUGCAUUACCCAAGACACCUACACAAAACAUUCUUUUUGUCAACGGCACUCAUUCGAGUUAA